AUGAAUUUCAAACUUUUUGUGGUGCUUUUUUUGGCAGCAUCUCUUCUGGUGUCUAUGAGCGAGGCUGGAAAAGACCGUCGGAAGAAGCAAAAACAAAAGGACCGUGCUGAAGAUGAUGAAGCUGAUGAGGAAACUGCAGGUGGAAAAGGUCUCGAGAAUUCUGGAAAGGGGAAGGAUGAGAAGGAAAGAACAUCUGUUUUGGAGAAACAAGCUGAGAAAAAGACCGAUGACGACGAAUCUUCUUCUGAGGAAGACGAUGAGGAGGAUGGGAAGAAAGACAACUCUACCGUCAUUAUUCGUAAAAGACGUGAGGCUGCAGUCAUUCUUCCAACUGAUGCUAUUGAAGUCCAGCGUAAAAUUCGUUCCAUGAUCCAAAGCUACCGCGCUAUCAGUGCCGACGAAGGACGUAUUCUCCCAACUGAUAACAACAAAUUCAAACGCGACACUCAAAUUCAAAAGUCGAGAGAAAUCAACGACGGUGUACAACUUCCAUUGGACAAGAAGCCGUCUGCCACUGCAUCAACUUCCAAUUGA